GCCCCCACCCGGCCCGGCGGUAAGAUGGCGGCGGCAGCCGAGUGCGAUGUGAUCAUGGCGGCGCCCGAGGGACCCGGCGAGCCCGAGAGCGAGGAGGAGGCGCGCAGAGAAGCAGAGUCCUUCAAGGAGCAAGGGAACGCUUACUACGCCAAGAAGGAUUACAAUGAAGCGUACAACUAUUACACAAAAGCCAUAGACACCUGUCCUAACAAUGCCAGUUAUUAUGGUAACAGAGCUGCCACCCUCAUGAUGCUGGGGAGAUUCCGAGAAGCACUGGGAGAUGCUCAGCAGUCUGUCAGAUUGGACGACAGCUUCGUAAGGGGCCACCUGCGGGAAGGGAAGUGCCACCUCUCCCUGGGGAACGCCAUGGCUGCCAGCCGCUGCUUCCAACGAGUUUUAGAACUGGAUCACAAGAACACUCAGGCACAGCAAGAGCUGAAGAAUGCCAGUACAGUGCUGGAGUAUGAAAAAAUAGCAGAAGUGGAUUUUGAGAAGCGAGAUUUCAGGAAGGUUGUGUUUUGCAUGGAUCGUGCUCUGGAGUUUGCUCCUGCUUGUCACAGAUUCAAAAUCCUCAAGGCUGAAUGUUUAGCACUGCUGGGUCGUUACCCAGAAGCACAGUCUGUAGCAAGUGACAUCUUACGGAUGGACUCGACGAACGCAGAUGCUCUGUACGUCCGCGGCCUCUGCCUUUAUUAUGAGGACUGCAUUGAGAAGGCAGUGCAGUUCUUCGUCCAGGCACUCAGAAUGGCUCCUGACCACGAGAAAGCAUGUUUAGCCUGCCGUAAUGCCAAAGCACUUAAAGCAAAGAAGGAAGAUGGGAAUAAAGCAUUUAAAGAAGGAAACUACAAACUAGCUUAUGAACUGUACACAGAAGCACUAGGAAUAGAUCCUAAUAACAUAAAAACAAAUGCCAAACUCUACUGCAACCGGGGGACGGUUAAUUCCAAGCUUAGGAAACUCGAAGAAGCAAUAGAUGACUGCACGAACGCAGUAAAGCUGGACGAGACGUAUAUUAAGGCGUACUUGAGGAGAGCACAAUGUUACAUGGACACAGAGCAAUAUGAAGAUGCUGUAAGAGACUAUGAAAAGGUUUAUCAGACAGAAAAAACAAAAGAACACAAACAGCUUCUAAAGAAUGCACAGAUGGAACUGAAAAAAAGCAAACGGAAAGACUACUACAAAAUCCUUGGGGUCGACAAGAAUGCCUCCGAAGAUGAGAUCAAGAAGGCCUACAGGAAGAGAGCACUGAUGCAUCAUCCAGACCGCCACAGUGGGGCGAGUGCAGAAGUACAGAAGGAAGAGGAGAAGAAGUUCAAGGAGGUUGGUGAAGCCUUUACCAUCUUGUCAGACCCCAAGAAGAAGGCUCGCUAUGACAGUGGACAGGAUCUAGAAGAAGAUGGGUUGAACAUGGGAGACUUCGAUGCAAAUAAUAUAUUUAAGGCCUUCUUUGGAGGGCCGGGAGGCUUCAGUUUUGAAGGUAGGUGGAGGUGCCCUGCUGCUGGCGUUGGAGCUGGUAAGUGCUCAGAUUGCUUCACCCGGCAGCAGAGGCUCCCCAGCUUUGCUGUGCUGACGGAGAGGAGCGUGCUGCUGAGCUCCCUUCAGUCCUCAGCUGUGGUCGGGCUUCAUGCAGCGCUGCACAGCUCUCAGCACUUUCCCAGUGUCAUUAGGCCAUGUGAGGAGCUGUGCGUUGUUAGGUUUUGUUGUGUGUUUGGGGAAGUCCUGCAUGGUUCUUGCACCAUUUGCUUUCGUCCUCGUCAGCUCGCCUGCAGAGCCUCCCUCGCCUGUGUUGUCAGUGGUCCACUCUUACCUCUUGGGAUUCAGCUGCUGGAGAUGCGUGGGUCGGAUCUCCCCUACCUGCCCAGAUGGCUUUGUUCAGUUACUGGCCUGGCAUCGAGCCGUUGCAGCCUGCUGUUCGACCGCCCUCUCUUUGAACUGACAUCUUUUGUUUUCUUUUUCAGCUUCUGGGCCUGGGAAUUUCUUUUUCCAGUUUGGCUAAAACACACACACCUGCUCUGCUGCUUUUAGCCUUCAAUACGGACAUACUUAGACUCCUUCCUCCAUCAUGUCUCAUUGUACUUAGAGCAGUUUCAUUUCUCUCGGUUGGAGACCUCAGUUUGUGUGCGUUUGUGUGUGAAGAGGAAACCAGCUCGGGGAAGGGAAGGCUUGUGGAUUUUGUUUUACUGUUAACUUUAUUAAAAAAGAAAAUAAUAAAGCUUUGAAUCUGUUGGUCCCUC